CCACAUCCACUGUCUCAUCGCCAUCGCGAUGUCGGUUUUUUUGCCCCUCCUCGAUGGCCAGGUCGAUGAGGCCUUUCUAGCCGUCCUGCAAAGGAUUGGCCCUGUCAUCACACCCGUCCUCGGCUCUUAUCAUGUUUCUGGAGAUGUAUCCCGCUACAUCCUACUUGAUCAUAACACCUCGCUCAACCUCGAUGAAAUCAUUCAGACACUCGAUCAAGGUGCAGAAAAAGUCAUCGUGCCACUGGCAUGGGCGAAGGAGGUUGUGGGAGUUCUCCCUGCCAGCAGAGUUUUACUCCUGCUCGACGUGAACAAUGUCAGCGCAGUCUCCGAGACGGUGCGCGAUGGAGUCUCGGGAGUGCUAAUCAAGACCCCAGCUCUGGAUACGGACUUCAUUGCCUCGAUAUCGCGAUUUUUCAAGGGCCAGGACAUCCAUGUCUUUCCCGUCGACUCUGGCGCACCGCUUUCGCCUGCGAAGGUCCGCGAGCUCAGGCAGGCCGGUGCCAUCCCGGUCAUCCCUUCCUCACAGCUCACCCUUUCGGAGGGGACUGUCGGCCAGAUCAACAUCGCCGAUGCUUUCACUGCUCCCCUGGUUUCAGACCGCCCCGAUGGCCUGUACCCGACCGUGGUCACAGAAGACGGCCGUUCGCUCGGUCUAGUCUAUUCCUCGGUAGCUUCUGUCAGGGAAAGCAUCCUUACCGGCAACGGAGUAUACCAGUCUCGCAAGCACGGCCUUUGGAGGAAAGGCGAGACCUCCGGCGCAAUCCAGGACAUUCGCUCUAUCAAGGUCGACUGUGACCUCGACUCUAUUGAGUUUGACGUCGUGCAGCACGGAGUCGGAUUCUGCCACCUAAAUCGCGCUUCGUGUUUCGGUCACCAGAAGGGCCUCCCCCUGCUCGAGCGCACCCUGCAGUCUCGCCUUGCCUCAGCACCGGAAGGCUCGUACACAAAAAGACUGUUCAAUGACUCCGCUCUUCUUCGCGCCAAGAUCAUGGAGGAGGCGGACGAGUUGUGUAGAGCUGAAACGAAGGAAGAUGUCGCUUUCGAGGCAGCCGAUCUUAUCUACUUCGCACUCACGAAAUGCGCCGCUGCCGGUGUCUCUAUCGCGGAUAUCGAGCGUUCUCUCGACCAGAAGGCGAAGAAAAUCACCCGCAGGCCUGGAAAUGCCAAGCCCCAGUGGGCCAGUGCUGAAACAUCGUCUUCCAAGGCCAACAGCUCUGCGCCGGCUCCUGCCUCUGCGCCGAAGCCCAAUCCGGAUGCACCCAUUCGUAUGCGAACACAUGUCCUCAGCGAUUGUACUCCCGCUGAGAGGGCUAAGCUCCUCAAACGACCUGUGCUCAACUCCGAUGCAAUGAUCACCCAGGUCCGACCUAUCGUUGACGCAGUUCGCACGGGUGGUGACACUGCGCUUAUGAAGCUUGUCGCACAGUUCGACAGAUGCACGGUACUGAAGGAUACACCGAUCCUUCGUGCGCCCUUCCCCGAGCUAUCGGACCCGGAGCUCGAUCCCGAAGUUCGUAAGGCUAUCGACGUUGCCUACGCCAACGUCCGUGCAUUCCACGCCGCUCAGGCCGAUUCGACCACCUUAAAGGUCGAGACGAUGCCCGGUGUAGUCUGCAGUCGCUUCGCUCGUCCCAUCGCUCGCGUGGGACUCUACGUCCCGGGCGGCACUGCCAUUCUCCCGUCGACUGCUCUCAUGCUCGGUAUCCCCGCGCAAGUCGCAGGGUGCAAGGAGAUCGUGCUUGCGACACCGCCGCGCGCUGACGGAAGCAUUAGUCCGGAGGUCAUGUACUGUGCGAAGCUCGUCGGUGCGAGUGCGAUCUUGAGGGCUGGGGGUGCACAGGCGGUCGCCGCAUUGGCAUACGGCACGGAGACUGUGCCGAAAGUCGACAAGAUCUUCGGUCCUGGCAACCAGUGGGUCACUGCGGCGAAGAUGCUCGUGCAGAACGACACUGAUGCCCUUGUCUCGAUCGACAUGCCUGCUGGCCCGUCCGAGGUUCUCGUCAUUGCUGAUGAGACAUGCAACCCUGCCUUCGUUGCUUCCGACCUGCUCUCCCAAGCCGAGCACGGCGUUGAUUCGCAGGUCGUUCUCGUCAGCGUGAACCUGCCCGAGAGCACGAUUUCGCAAAUCGAGGCCGAGGUUGAUGCGCAGGCCCGUGCCCUGCCUCGUGUCGACAUCAUGCGCGAGUCAAUUCCGAAGAGCAUUAUCGUAAAGACGACGAGUGUUCAGGAAGCCUUUGCCUUCUCGAAUGAUUAUGCACCCGAGCACCUCAUCUUGCACCUCCAGGAUGCGCCCAGCACGGUCUCGCUUGUGCAAAACGCGGGAAGCGUGUUUGUUGGUCCCUACUCGCCUGAGAGUUGCGGUGACUACGCUUCGGGUACCAAUCACACGCUCCCGACGAACGGCUACGCGCGCCAAUUCAGCGGUGUAAACACGCAGUCGUUCCAAAAGCAUAUCACGUCGCAAGAAAUUACUGUCGAUGGCCUCAAGAAUGUCGGACCUGUAGUAGCGACUCUCGCGGACUGCGAAGGCCUCGGAGCUCACGCAAACGCUGUCCGGAUUCGUCUUCGCUCUAUGCAAUAGCCAAUAUAGAUGCGAAAAAGAAAGUUGUAACUCAUCUGUAGCAGUAUCUCAAUAAAUGUAAAAAUUUUGCUCAGCUUGAAUACUGAUCGUCGAACGCAAUUAGUCUGAUCUACGGAGCUGCUGUCAAUAAUAAAUACAAACUCUGAGGUAAGAUGUCGGGAGUUAAGGUCUGUGUAUGCAUGAAUACGGUGCUUGACUAUAUCAUCUAGCAGAGAAAUGGCAACAAGAUCGGAGCACAAGGGUAACUGGGGGAUAAGGAAGGGGUGGCAACUAAACACCCAACCUAAUGGCGC